AGAACUUGCUCGCAGACCGUAGAAGCGAAACGCCGUUGGUUUUCGCCGUUCUCGCCAUGGCGGAUGCUCUCAGCAGCCUGGGCAAGGCCAUGUUUGAUGAUGCGGUGAUGGCACAGAAGUUGCCCUCCGCGGUGCUGCAACGCUUCAACGAGUGUCUCAUCACUGGCGACCCCACGCCGGAGGAGGACCAGAAGGUCAUUGCAGAUGCGAUUUUCACGUGGGCUCGCGAGCUGGGAGCCAUUGACUUUGCCCACUGGUUCUUCCCCCUGCGCGGUGGCUGUGGUGCCGUCGGUGGCAUGUUGGGCGCCUUCAAGCGCGACACCUUGAUCGACUUGGAGUUUGGAUCGAAGUUUGUCACCAAACCCAUGAAGGCCUGCCUGCCACAUGAGCGUCUCUUUCAGGGAGAGACGGAUGGCAGCUCCUUCCCCAACGGCGGACUGCGGGUCACUCACUCGGCCGCAGCCUUCACCACCUGGGAUCGCGCCUCGCCACCCUUUGUCACGGACAAGUGCCUCUACAUCCCCUGUGCGUUCGUGACGCACUUUGGGAAGUGCAUCGACGAGAAGACGCCCCUCUUGCGCUCCAUGGAUGCGGUGAAGACGUCGGGUCUUCGACUCUUGAAGGCGAUCAACAUCGGUACUGAUGCGAAGACCAUGCACAGCUAUUUGGGCUGGGAACAGGAGUUCUUCGUGCUCUCCGCUGCGCUCUACAAGGCCCGGCCUGACCUGGUGAACACCGGCCGCACCUUGUUUGGAAAGUUGCCAACUCGUCAUCAACAAGGAGACCUCAACUACUUCCAGCCAAUCCCAGGGAAGGUGCAAGAGCUCUUGGACAUCGUCCAGGCGGAGAUGCUCAAGGUGGGUUGCCCAAUGGCUGUGAAGCACAACGAGGUGGCUCCAGGACAGCACGAGAUGUCCCCCGUCUUCCGCACGGCCAAUGUCUCCUGCGACAGCAACGUGCUUUUCAUGGAGGUGAUGAACCGGGAGGCCGCCAAGCUGGGACUCCAGGUGCUCUUCCAUGAGAAGCCAUUCGCCGGCAUCAAUGGCAGCGGAAAGCAUGCCAACUGGUCGGUUGGCACUGACACAGGAUUGAACUUCUUCUAUCCUGGCAAGAACGAGGCGGGUGCCAAGCUCUAUGUCACGGCCAUUGCCUGCUUGGCUUAUGGCCUGGCACAGUACAACGAGAUGGUGCGCUGCACCGUGGCGCACUCCGGCAACGACCACCGGCUCGGCGCACAGGAGGCUCCCCCUGCCAUCAUCAGUUUGUACCCUGGGCAGGGCUUCGAGCAGUUCGUGGAGAGCAUCGUGAAGGGCGGGGAUUUGCUGGGCUACAAGGCCGAGAAGAAGAAGCAAGAGACUGGAUGCAGCGCUGCCAUGCACAUCGAGGCGAACGUGGAAGACCGCAACCGCACUGCGCCCUUCCCCUUCUGCGGCAACCGCUUCGAGUUCCGAGCUGUGGGCUCCUCUCAGAACUGCUGCCUGCCCGUCAUGGUCUGCAAUGCGGUGAUGUCUGCGGGCAUGGCCCAUCUGGCUGGGCUCGUCGAGGGUGGCAUGAGCCACCGUGACGCCGUGGCCAAAGUCUUCCAGGAGAACAAGCAUGUGAUCUUUACGGGGAACGGCUACUCCGCCGAGUGGCCCGUGGAGGCCCAAAAGCGUGGCCUGCCCAACCUGAACACCACCCCGAAAGCAGUGGCCACCUGGAAUUCUGAGAAGAACAAGAAGCUCUUCGAGACUCUGAAGAUCUACACAGCGGAGGAGACCGAAGCACGUCAGGAGGUGAUGUAUGAGAACUACAUUUCAGCUCUCUGCUGCGAGGUGGAGACCAUGAUUCAAAUGACGGAGACGGGCUUUUUGCCUGCAUGCGCCAAGGAUCUGGAGAAGUACAAGGGAGUGGAAAAGCUGGCUGGCAACCGGAAGGAGAGUUGGAUUUGUUCGGACACAGCCUUAAAAACAGUGAUUCGGGAGAAUUUUGGGGGAUUGCCUAACUACAACUACGACCCAUGUUCAUCGGAUUGCUUGUUAUUUUGGACGGGCGAUACUCCGGAUCUCGCCUUGUGAUCUUCGUGAUUUGAUUUCUUGGAGAUCAAAUCACAUCCAUCUUUGCAGAUUGAAGCUCCCACGAAUUGUGCGGACCAGGGUCACCAGGGACACGGAAGGCGCUAGCUAUUUGGUAAUCCAACAUCCUACUAGGUCCUACAGUCGUAGCUUGAUCCUGGAUCUCCCUUUUGAAUCCUCACGUAGGCGAUCUAUGACAGCAUCAUCGACCAGCUGGAGAAGCUUAAGGCGGCCUUCGAGAAGAAGCCGUACCAGAGGAGCCUUCAUGGAGAUAGGCUCGGAUGGCGGGGUUCCAGACGAGCGCAGAAGGCCCCGCAGUUUUUGUUUGUGUGCUUCAAGUCGGUCCUUCAAGGGGACCACGCAGGCGUUGACAUUGCGACAUGUGCUCAUGCCUCACUCCUUGAAAGUUAUGGCCUCCUUCACGAGUCCUGUAGGGUCCGAGGCUCCCGUCCGAUUGAAGCAAAACUAGAUGCCGAGGGUCUUUGCAUAGACGAUUAUUUUGCACUGAGCGUUGAAGCUUUGCCGACGGAGAUCGCCAAGUCUCGUGCUGCCCUCAAAAUCCAGAGAGCCCUCAGGGUUUAUGAGGAACAUGGAAUUCUAGGCAGCCCGGAAAAAGACGUUUUAUCCGAUAAAGCAAAAGUUGUAGGAGCAGUUGUCAAUUCGUCGCUAGAAGCUAGGAAGAGAGACAUGAUCUUGCUUGGAGCACCGAUAGAGAAAAGGUUGGCAAUGUCACUAAUAAGCCUUAGACUCGCUUCCCUAUCCCACACCACUGAUGCUCUGCACUCAUGCCUCCUAGGAGGGUGGAUCUCGGCCCUCAUGUUCAGACGUCCCCUCAUGAGCUGUUUCUCCAAGGUCUUCAGUAUGACAGACCUGGCGACGCUGGACCCGGCGGCGCCUAAGAUGAUCCCUCUCACAAGGGGGGCUGCAAACGAGCUUGUUUUGGUGUCAGUGCUCAUGCCUUUCGCUGUCACCGAACUAAGUGCGGGGUUUAUCAACAGAGUGUACUGCACAGACUCCUCAUCUCAGAAAGGAGCCAUUUGCUCUGCUCCAUGCAGUCUUGACAUGAGUGAAGUCUUGUGGAAGACUUGCAA